UUGGUUGGUGUUGAGAAAUUCAGUGCCAUCCAGUUCCCAGUCUAUUUGUGUCUUCUCUGGAGGACUGGGACCGUCUCUUCAUUACUGACAUUCUGAUAUUUUAUGACAGAAUGCUGUCUUAGUUUAUUAGGGCUGCCAUAAAAAAGUACCACCAGCUUGAGGAUUUAAGACACCAGAAAUCUGUUGUCUUGCAUUUCUGGAGGCCAGCGGUCUGACGUGAAGGUGUGGGCAGGGCCACGUGCCCUCUGAAGUCUGGAGGGAGGAGUCGGUUCUGUCCUCUUUUCUGGGUUUUGGCUGUGGCAGCAAUCAGUGGUGUUCCCUGGUGGGUGGCACACUCAGUUCCUGCCUCGAUUAGCACACCCGUCUUCUCACUGUGUGUCCGUCUUGUCUCCUUUCCCCUGCUUGUGAAGAUACCGGUCUACUGGAUUAAGGACCCGCCGUACUGCAGCUUGAAUUCCAUGGCCCAAAAUGAUUCUGCCAGUGGAGAGCCUCAUCCGUAACGGGGAGGGCCAGACCGGGGGCUGGGAUGAGCAUGCCGCUGCAGCAGGCCUCUGCCAUCCCCUCCCAGGAUGUCACCUCUGCCAGAGCCUGCAGGAGUAAGACCAAAGAAAAGGAGAGGGAAGAACAGCACGAGAAGACAGUAGUACAUUCCAUGAGUUAUUCAAGUAACACUUCUAAGGCUGGGAGUCCACCCUCAACUUCAGCUCCGGUGUCCGCCUUCGCACGCACUUCGGCUACACCCUCGAAUCAGGACAUCUGCAGUUCCAGUGCAGUGUUUUCUGAGUGUUGUCACCACAGUCCCAUGCAGUCUGCUGUUGUCUUGAAAGCGCAUCAAGGCCAGAGUUCUCUGACUCCAGGGCUCACUGUGACAGUUCUCCGUAAGGACACAUUGCAGGCGCCCAAGAGAAGCUCCUGCAGCCCAGAAUGGGGGCCAGCCCUGAAGCCUGCGAAGAGCGGCAGAGCCAGGCGAGCGCUCAGGUUCUCCAGGUCCCUCAACGAUGUGGGCGCCAAGGCCCAGGAGGCUGCGGGAGGGUUUGACUAUGUGGAAAGAACUUGUUCGGAAGGAAAACUGGCACUCCCCCAAGAUCCAGGGCUCAGAACGAGCAGGUUCCAUCGUCCAGAGAAAACAACCCUGACUCGGAAGCCUCUUGGCAGCUCCCAGCGCUCUGGCAUUUCAUCCCUUUCUGCCAACCACUCAGCUGCUGCGGAGGGGGAGGCUGGCCGGGAGAGCGUCCACAUCCCGCUUCUGGACGAGAAGGCAGAUGGCGAGGCCGUGUCCAGAAGCAGGCGCCUGCUCCGCUAUCUCUUCUCCCUCUCGCACGGCUCAAGCGCCAGCAGCCUGCACAGGUUUCACGAGCUGGAGAGCUGCGCUGCUCGCCUGCACACCGCCAAGUCCUCCAGCGGGCUGGCGGGGAGCACGGGCUUCUGCUCCGAAGUGGGCGAUGACGACGUCUUUGAUGACAGCAUGUCCACAAAACUGAAGAGCAAGGUCCUGCGCGCUCCCCUCUGCUCAGUCGAAAAGGACAGCGAUCUGGACUCCCCUUCUCCCCUCUCUGCCAAGCGCCCCCCCACGUCUCCUGGGUCCACAUCAGGGGACGUCUGCAGGAUCUGCCACUGUGAAGGGGAUGACGAGAGCCCCCUCAUCACUCCCUGCCGCUGCUCGGGCAGCCUCCACUUCGUGCACCAGGCCUGCCUGCAGCAGUGGAUCAAGAGCUCAGACACGCGGUGCUGCGAGCUCUGCAAGUACGAGUUCAUCAUGGAGGCCAAGCUGAAGCCGCUCAGGAAGUGGGAGAAGCUGCAGAUGACAGCCAGCGAGCGCAGGAAGAUCAUGUGCUCCGUCACGUUCCACGUCAUCGCCAUCACCUGCGUGGUCUGGUCCCUGUACGUGCUCAUCGACCGCACCGCCGAGGAGAUCAAGCAGGGACAGGCCACAGGCAUCCUGGAGUGGCCCUUUUGGACUAAACUGGUGGUUGUGGCCAUCGGCUUCACUGGAGGACUUCUCUUUAUGUAUGUGCAGUGCAAGAUAUACGUGCAAUUGUGGAAGAGGCUCAAGGCUUAUAAUAGAGUAAUCUAUGUUCAGAACUGCCCAGAAACAAGCAAAAAGAGUAUUUUUGAGAAAUCUGCACUAACGGAGCCCAACUUUGAAAAUAAAGAUGGCUGUGGAACCCGCCCUUCCAACCCAAACUCUUCUUGUUGCACAGAACCUGAGGACACUGGAGUGGACGUCGUUCAAGUCUGAUGGUGUGGAGGGUUCAUUUCUCCUGGACAUCCCUGAAGAGCCGAAGGAAAUUGUUUACUGCCAGUUGUGUACCUUUUCUUAUGUCCUUUAAUAGCAUUGACUGGGCAGGUGAAUAUUUUUAAUGGCUUCUCUUUUUCAAAAUCCUCCUGACUGCAUCUUCCGGAAAACUCUCUCUUUGGCCGCGCACUGCCAGCUCCCACCUCUGCCAGUGUGCCCGUGAGGUGGGGAGGCCCAGGACCCCACGGCACCAGCAUGGGGCUGGCGGAGCUCUGGCCCAUGCUUUAGAGCAGGGUGAGUCAAAUGCCUCAGCGAGGGGAGAGCAGAAGGGGUGCCCCAGGCCCACGGGGCGCUGGGAGGAGAGCAGCCCCUCCAAGCCAAAGGCUCACCUUCCCCAACCAACGCUGCCGCUGACAUUUCUCACCGGCCGGCAGGAGGGGACACGGUGCUGUGUGGUGACAGGCAGCUCGCUAAGCAAGCAGCACUUUAACAAAAGAAAAUCCUUGUUUUGUAGUAAGCAUGUCCAGUGGGAUCAACACUUAAAAGAAUGUCUCAUUUAGAAAUUUUCCCUUCAUCACAGAGCUAAUGAAAACCCUUUUUGCCUUAUAAGAUCUAAGAUACAUGACAUCCACUCACUUGGUGCCCAAAAAACAGACUUGUGAGUAUUAAGCAGGACAGAGGCCUGAGGCUUUUUCAUGAACUCCUCUCGUGGGAAUUAAUGGAAGCAAAAUGGCGGUUUGAGCACAACUCUGCUAGUUUUGCACUGUUCUGUGAAAAGUCCUUAUCACAUAAGCCUGCCCCAUGUGUUUCAUUUCUGCCAACACUGAAAAAGAAUGGCUUUUGAAAUCUAAAUGGAAGGAAAGGAAGUGAGUAAUUAGAACAAGAUGGACUAUUUUAAAAAUGUUCCUUUACAGUUUCCUUUUCAGUUUCUGCUAGAUUUACUCUAAAAGAGUGAGCGCACCUUGCCCCUGGUCUGGGGGCAGGGGCGCUGCAGGGGCCCCGGGAGGGUCUGUUUCACAGGAGGGCAGGCAGACCAGCCACUUUCCUCAGCCACACCUGCCUUCACCAGGCGUUCUGCCACCAGGGAUUGCCUCCUGUACCGUUUUGUAUAAAGCAAACAAAAAAGAAACGAAAAUCAUGAUCGUUGAAUGGCCUUUGUCCCUUCUAAAAGUCUGCUUAAAGGUCUGUUGUCAAAAUCCCAGUUUCAUCAUGCCAGGCAAACCAGGGGCGACUCCAGAGUAAAGGGGAGGGUUGGCAGCAUCCCCGAGGGAGAACACCCAGAUGCUCCCUCAGUGCCCCUCGUCUCGGCCUUCCAGGUUUGAAGCCCUGUGAUUUGUUAGGCGGGAGGAGCUCCCGAGUGAGGGCACGUGGUAGGGGCUUCACCCACCGUCCCCUCUGCCCCAGCGACUGGCUCCGUAACCCCAGGCUGUAGAUGGUCCCCCCCACCCCGUGGUGGGCAGGUGCUGGCCAGCCUCAGGUCGACCCCCAAAUAUAGGUCGGGCAUCCUGAUUCCCAGGUCACAUCCAGCCUUGCCCGUGUCCACUGUGCCCCAAAGUGCGAUUCCCGAGGCCCCUCAGCUGGUGGCAGUGCCCUGCCCGUGUCUUCAGGAGCUGCUGGGCAAGGCCCCCUCCAGCGGCAAAUGAGGGGUCUAGUGAAGACCUGGGACGGUAUGGAAUCUGCACCCCCUUCCAGAGAACCCCCUGGUGCCAAACCUGCAAAGCGCCGAGCCUUCCUGUAGAGGAGGGUGGGCUUAGGUGUGUUGGCACCCGCCUCGUGAUGAAGGCAGCUUUAGAGCCAGGCUGGUGUGUGCACCCAAGCCCAGACCGAGUGGUACCUGCCUCCUCCUCAGGAAGGCCUCUGCCCAUGGACAGCCCCUCCAGCGGCCUUACUUCCUCUGCUGAAAUGGCACACAUCCUUCUGCCUGUCUCUUCCUUGCCUUUCUCUCUCUUGAGCCACCCUCAGGCCCAGCUCCAGUCCCACCCACCCCAGGGCCUAAUCUGAGCCCUGGCAAAGGUGUGCUGUGCUGCCCUCUGCUGGUGGCAGCGGGUCUACCGGGUGUUCUAGGCUGCGUGAACUUGCCCUCCAGAUGCUUUAGGGGGGCUAGUUAUUCCCCAGUCCCCCCUCUUUCUACAGCUGGCCUUGGUGAAAGGAUGGCUUUGCACAUGUGCACAUUUCAGAUGGAACUUCGCCAAACCAUCCAGAAAGCCAGGGUCAGCCUGCAGGUCUCAGGGCCAGGAGGGCUGGGGCAGGGCGCGGGCGGGUGGCCUCGGAGGUGUCCCCAGCCAGCCUCUUUCAGCUAAGUCAUGCAGGGCUGGAGGGCUUCUGACUUGGGCUGCCAGCACUAAUUGGUUUAUGUGCCCAAGUUUAUUGCAAGAAGCUCCUGGAAACCCUGGAAGAGGGCUCCGUCUCUUCUCUCUUUGCCCCAGCCCCACAGGCCUGGUUUCCACACACCAGCUAAGGCAGGCAGGCCCAGGCCAUGGCGCCUUCAGGAGCCUCCCACCAUUCUUGCCAGCCUUGGAGCUGCAUCUGCUCCCUUGGGUGCAGGCUGCCGGAGCAGAAGGAGGGCCGGGAAGGGGGUUCCCAGCCCUGGGCCCAGCAGGGUCAGGAGCCAUGACGUUGAUUCAGCCGGAUGUGGCUACACAUUUGGCAUACUUGACCUUCUUAGUUUGAAAUAUGCAGCUUCUGUCUCUAGUCCAAGGGGAGACUGAAACAGGGAAAUCAAAGCAUUUCUCUUCAUUUGGGAAGCAGUUGUUCAAGUUGUGGCAGCUGAUCACCACUUUAGAUGCAAUGUUUGUAGGGCACCAAUUGUUAAUAAAAACCAAAUUUACGCUGGCACGUGCAGUGUGGUUUCUGAAAGGCCCUUCACGUUUGUAAUUUUUCUUAACUUGGUAAGUUUCUAGUUCUAUAACUGUCUGGUUUUGUAUCCCUUUUGUGUGUGCUCACUGUUUCUCAGUAUUACAACUUGAAUAAUUCCUUUUCCAGGGGGAUCAUCUGUGCUCUACGAGGGUGUGUCACUGCAGCAAUAAAGCAUUCCUUUGAAA